GUUGUUGUUGUUGUUGUUGUUGGCCGGAGCUGCAGCCAUGUCGCUCGGCGCGGAGAGGAGGAUGGAAGCCCGGCUGAAGAAGCUGGAGGACAUGAUCAGAGAGCCCAGAUCUGCCAUAAACCUGGAAAGUUUGCUGGACUCCUUAAAUGCCCUUGUCUUGGACUUGGACUACCCGGCACUACGCAAGAACAAAAACAUCGAAAACUUCUUAAACAGAUAUGAGGCAGCCAUAAGACAGACUCGAGACCUCCAGAUGAAAUCUGAAGACUUUGACAGAGUUAAAGUCAUCGGUCGAGGAGCCUUUGGUGAAGUACAACUAGUCCGGCAUAAAGCCUCUCAGAAGGUCUACGCCAUGAAGGUGCUAAGCAAGUUCGAGAUGAUCAAGCGCUCUGACUCCGCUUUCUUCUGGGAAGAGAGGGACAUCAUGGCCUUCGCCAACAGUCCCUGGGUUGUGCAGUUAUGCUGUGCCUUCCAAGACGAGCACUACCUCUACAUGGUGAUGGAGUACAUGCCAGGGGGCGACCUGGUUAACCUCACCAGCACCUACGACGUGCCGGAGAAGUGGGCCAAGUUCUACACGGCGGAGGUGGUGAUGGCCCUGGACGCCAUCCACUCCAUGGGCUUCAUCCACCGGGACGUGAAGCCCGACAACAUGCUGCUGGACCGACUCGGGCACCUCAAGCUGGCCGACUUCGGCACGUGCAUGAAGAUGAACUCGACCGGCAUGGUGCACUGUGACACGGCUGUCGGGACCCCAGACUACAUCUCUCCUGAGGUGCUGAAAUCCCAAGGAGGGGACGGGUAUUAUGGGAGAGAGUGUGACUGGUGGUCCGUAGGGGUCUUCAUCUUCGAGAUGCUUGUUGGUGACACGCCAUUCUACGCCGACUCUCUGGUGGGAACCUACAGCAAGAUCAUGGACCACAAGAACUCCCUCAACUUCCCGGACGAUGUGGAGAUCUCCAAAGAUGCCAAGAAUAUCAUCUGUGCCUUCCUGACUGACAGGGAGGUGCGAUUGGGCAGAAACGGCGUGGAGGAAAUCAAGCGGCACCCUUUCUUCAAGAACGACCAGUGGACCUUCGACACCAUCAGAGACACGGUCGCCCCUGUGGUCCCAGAGCUGAGCAGUGACAUAGACACCAGUAAUUUCGACGAGAUCGAAGAUGACAAAGGCGACGUGGAGACGUUCCCCAAACCUAAGGCCUUUGUCGGAAACCAGUUGCCCUUUGUCGGCUUCACCUAUUUCAAAGAAGACCAGUUAUUAAAUUCUUCCAACAAUAUCUUGGUGACUCACGACAAUUCGAAAGGAGAGUCGGCGGCUCUGCAGAAGAAACUGCAUCACCUGGAGGUGCAGCUGAAUAAUGAGAAUCAGGUCAAAUGCGAUCUCGAGAACAAACACAGAGCUGCCACGAGCCGUCUGGACAAAAUCUCCAAAGAACUUGAGGAAGAGGUGAGCAGCCGAAAGAAUCUGGAGUCGACUCUGAGGCAGCUAGAGAGAGAGAAAGCCCUGCUGCAGCACAAGAGCCUGGAGAGCAACCGCAAGGCCGAGAGCGAGGCCGACCGGAAGCGCUGCCUCGAGAACGAAGUCAACAGCCUUCGAGACCAGCUGGAUGACAUGAAGAGGAGGAACCAGAAUUCACACAUUUCCAACGAGAAGAACAUUCACCUGCAGAAACAGCUAGAAGAAGCCAACACGUUGCUGCGGGCCGAGUCGGAGGCGGCCACCAGGCUCCGUAAAACCCAGACGGACAGCAGCAAGCAGCUGCAGCAGCUGGAGGCCAACGUGCGCGAGCUACAGGACAAAUGCUGCCUGCUGGAGCGCAGCAAGCUGAGCCUGGAGAAGGAAUGCAUCAGUCUGCAGGCCGCGCUGGAGGCAGAGAGGAGGGAGCACAGCCAGGGCUCAGAGACCAUCAGCGACCUGACGGGACGCAUCUCCGGCCUGGAGGAGGAGGCCCGUCAGCAGAAACAGGCUAUGUCCAAAACUGAGACCGAGAAGAGACAGCUUCAGGAGAAACACACUGAUCUGGAGAAGGAGUUGAGCAACAAGGAGAUUGAUUUGACCUACAAGCUGAAGGUGCUGCAGCAGGAGCUGGAGCAGGAGGAGGCCUCUCAUAAGGCCACCAGGGCACUGCUGGCAGACAAGAGCAAGAUCAAAGUAACCAUCGAGGGCGCCAAGUCAGAGUCCAUGAAGGAGAUGGAUCAGAAGCUGGCGGAGGAGCGGGCGGCCAAACUCAGGCUGGAGAACAGAAUCCUGGAUCUGGAGAAGCACAGCAGCAUGAUGGACUGCGACUAUAAACAGGCUCUGCAGAAACUAGAUGAGCUGCGCAGACACAAGGACCGACUCACGGAGGAGGUGAAGAACCUGACGCUGAAGAUCGAGCAGGAGACCCAGAAACGCAACCUGACCCAGAACGACCUGAAGGCCCAGAACCAGCAGCUCAAUUCUCUGCGAACCUCCGAGAAGCAGCUCAAGCAGGAAGCCAAUCACCUGCUCGACAUCAAACGCAGCCUGGAGAAACAGAACCAAGAGCUACGCAAAGAAAGACAGGACACAGACGGGCAAAUGAAGGAGCUACAGGACCAGCUAGAAGCCGAACAGUAUUUCUCUACGCUGUACAAGACCCAGGUCCGUGAACUAAAGGAGGAGUGUGAGGAGAGGAACAAACUGUACAAAGACGCGCAGCAGUCUCUGCAGGAGCUACAGGAGGAGAGGGAUUCACUGGCGGCUCAGCUGGAGAUCACACUGACGAAGGCCGACUCGGAACAGCUGGCGCGCUCCAUCGCCGAGGAGCAGUACUCUGACCUGGAGAAGGAGAAGAUAAUGAAGGAGCUGGAGCUGAAGGAGAUGAUGGCCCGCCAUCGCCAGGAGCUGUCUGAGAAGGACAUCACCAUCGGUUCGCUGGAGGAAGCCAAUAGGACCCUGACCAGUGAUGUCGCCAACCUAGCCAAUGAGAAGGAGGAGCUGAACAACAAACUGAAAGAGGCAAUAGAAGAAUCAGAAAAGUCAAAGGAUUGGGAGCAGCAGAUCAACCAGAUGAAGCUGGCCUUUGAGAAGCAGCUGCAGUGUGAGAGGACGCUGAAAACUCAGGCUGUCAACAAGCUGGCAGAGAUCAUGAACAGGAAGGAGUUACGCGGCGGAGGAAGUCGCCGCGGCAACGAUACGGACAUGCGGCGGAAGGAGAAGGAGAACAGGAAGCUGCAGUUGGAGCUGAGGUCGGAGAAGGAAAAGCUCAACAGCAGCAUCAUCAAAUACCAGAGGGAGAUCAACGAGAUGCAGGCGCAACUGUCUGAUGAGAGCCAGAUGCGUACUGAGCUGCAGAUGGCCCUGGACAGUAAGGACAGCGACAUCGAGCAGCUGAGGAACCUCCUGCAGACGCUCAGCGUGCAAUCCAUGGAUUCUGCCAGCGUCAGCAGCGGCCCGGAGUUCGAUACCGAUGACAUGUACACAGAAAUGAGACUGGAGGGCUGGCUGUCCCUCCCUGUAAGAAACAACACCAAGAAGUUCGGAUGGGAGAAAAAGUAUGUUGUAGUGAGCAGCAAGAAGAUUCUCUUCUACAACAACGAGCAAGACAAAGAGCAGUCCAUCCCCUACAUGGUGCUUGAUAUAGACAAACUGUUCCACGUGAGGCCCGUCACUCAAACAGACGUGUACCGCGCCGACGCCAAAGAGAUUCCCAGGAUAUUCCAGAUUCUUUAUGCCAACGAAGGCGAGAGCAAAAAGGAGCCUGAGUUUCCUGUGGACCCGCUGCCCAUCGGAGAGAAGUCCAGCUACAUCUGCCACAAGGGCCACGAGUUCAUCCCCACGCUCUACCAUUUCCCCACCAACUGCGAGGCGUGCACCAAGCCGCUGUGGAACAUGUUCAAGCCGCCGCCUGCCCUGGAGUGCCGGCGCUGCCACAUCAAGUGCCACAAGGACCACAUGGACAAGAAGGAGGAGAUCAUCGCUCCAUGCAAAGUGAACUACGACGUGUCCUCGGCCAAGAACCUGCUGCUGCUGGCCGUGUCCCAGGAGGAGCAGCAGAAGUGGGUGAGCCGACUGGUCAAGAAGAUCCCCAAGAAGCCUCUGCCGCCGGAGCAGUUUGCACGCUCCUCGCCGCGCGCCUCCAUGAAGGUCCAGCCCAGCCAGUCCAUGAGGAGGCCCAGUCGACAGCUGCCCACCAGCAAGAGCAGCAGGUCAAAUGGCUUCCAAAUGAGGCGAGAAGAAUCCCAGAGUGAACGAUGGUACAAAUGACGACUUCUCCUCUUCCUUUGCUGAGACGUUUCCCUGUAAUGUGUUUAACCUUUCCAGAGAGUGCGGCGUGUCGUCGAGGUGUUAGGGGAUUUGUGUGUCCGCCUCAAAUCAAAGACAAUUCAACCCUCCGUCUGCAGAUCGGCACACUGAACUCCACAUCGCUUCUCCACAACCCGCCCUGUCGUGCUGCAGCAUCGUGACAGUCACAAAGUCUGUGUCUUUCCCCCCCCCCCCCUGCCCUUUUUUUUUUUUUUGGUUGAACCUGUUUCCCAGGCACUCGAAGCGGUAACGACUAUCAAAACUCACCUGGUGAUCUUUUCACCGAGCUGGAUUAGCCGAAGUCCUCUCUCGGGGGCCCUUGACUAGAGCACUAGAGCGGCUCCGUGAGGAGAGCUCUUAUAACAAGAAGGGGGGUGACACACUUUACCUCAACACUGACUGAUUGAAGGACCCAGCGGGCAAAAACUCCUCCUCACCACCUUUUUAUUGGGGGAUUCUUGUGGCCAAAUAUUUGAUUUUGUUCCAUUAAUGUGUUUGAAUGAUUGUGAACGAUAUGAAGGGUUUAAUGGGGGGGGGGGAAAGGGGAAACACUACACUCAGAAAAUGUGUCGGCUGAACGCAGCUGAGAUUGUUGAACUCAAAAUCCCAGAUACAGUAUCUGUACUUUGGCUCAUUUCAAAACCCUUUUUUUUUUUUUUUUUUUUUUUUUUUUUUUUUU